AUGUCUUUAGCACCGAGCUCCCCUAGGCUUCCAAGCCCUCCGCCAGCUGCAGAGAUUCAAAUGGCACCCAUGUCUCCUUCGGGCGGUCCUGCAGCCAGUCUUCAUACGACACCCCAGGAGCAAUCGCAGCUUGAAGCUAGCUCUAGACGGCGGAUACACCCAGGAACAAAAGCAGCAGAUAUGGCUGCUGGUCCUCCUCUGAUACCGCUACAAGAGCUCGACUCUGCAUUUCAACUCCAAGAACACCUAGCCGCCCUCCACUGCUACCACACGUCCUCCAACACCCAGCCGAUCACCCGCGGCACCGCGCUACAGCUCGCGACACCUCCCAGUGGCGUCGACCGGACCAUCUGGCUCUAUGAGCUCUGCCGCUUCCUCAUCUCGCAAUGCAACUCCUUGAUCGUUGGCUUCCUCUUCGACACCCCCCCAUGCAGUGCGAGCACGUGCCCUGAAAUGCGCGCUUCCGAAUGGCAGUUCCUCUGCGCUGUGCACGAGCAGCCCAAGAGCUGCUGCGCCAUCGACUACUGCUGUCACACCCUGGACUGGGCUGCCAACGUUGUGACCGACCAGAAGAUCUUCCCCAGCCGCUUUGUCGUCCACAAUGACAACCACAGUAAGAAUGUGGGUGUCAAGAAUCUCGUCAAUGUGUUCCGCAGGUUGCAUCGCAUAUUUGCCCAUGCCUGGUUUCAGCAUCGUGGUGUGUUUUGGUCUGUAGAGGCCGAGACAGGACUGUACGUCCUGUUUAAGACUGUAUGCGACUUGUAUGAUCUGCUGCCUGCUGAGAACUACAAGUUGCCUCCCGAGGCGGAGGGACUCGAGGCACCCCAUACUGAACAGGAGCCCGAGAAACCUCCUCCCACCAUUCUCAAGCCUUCAUCUCAUCAACGAGGCCCUCCUGCCGAAGAAGACAACAUGCAUCCAACAAGAACAAAUACUCGACGACACAUUCGAAGUAGUCCUUCGACGGGAAGUGCUGUAACAACUGUCAUCGAAGCCGAGGAGGAGGAAUCCACUGGAGUUUCCAGGAAACUAAAGGAUAUGCACCUGACCGCUCCCUCACCCGUGGAGGAGGAGCCAGAAGUGGCCGAUGUCCCUGUUAUUGUUGAGCAAUCAGUCAUGGGAGAAUCCGGGGCACAGUCCCGCAGUUCCCAAGCUGAGAAAGCAAAAGAUGACGACGAUGAUGAUGACGAUGAAGACGAAGAAAUUGACGAUGAUGCCGACCAGACAGUUGUCGGGUCUGUUUCGGAACAAGACUCUGCAAACGAUGUCGAUACUCAAACGGAUGAACAUAAGCCAGCCGCGGACUCUGUUGAGCCAGCGCAAUCUACAGAUACGGGCGCUGCAGAGGACGAGCCAACAAAGGAAAACGCCUCUGUAGACGCAUCACCAGAUGCGGAUGCCCCUGAAUCCUCAGAGGCCAAGGACAACUCCUCAGAGGAUGCGGCAAAGACCACAGAUACCAAGUCAGAGGACGAAACCUAA